GACGGCUGUCAUUUUUUUUUCAUUUGCACCAACGGGCACGUUUCUUGGGAGCAAACCCAGGCGGGUGUAACUGUCCUACAGGGUCCAUCAGCAGGCGUCUUAUUGGCCGGUUUGUCCCGGUUGUGGUUGCACUUCGGCGGUGAGAGAGAGCCAAGACGGCUGUUUUGAAGGAAAAAAUUAAUUAACCCCGUCUUGGUCUCAUUUUGGUGCCUCUUUAAAGCCUAAUUUAAAUACCCGUGCUGGUGUGUCUCCACACUGCAGAUAAUCGAUGGUAAAACUGAUUUUGGUUUUUAUUAGCGGCUGCGUGUUUGGUCGAGUUUCUGUUGCCUGAACUCUGGACAUCGAGGAGGAAGAGAAAACAUGUCAGUGAGUCAACAGCUGGAGUGGAUAACGUACGACGGAUCUCGGUGAACGUCCACUCUCUCUUCAUAGCUGACGUAUGGGCUUUAUUCAUCCGUCCAUCUAUUUAGGAAUUCAACGGGAAACCGAACAAAAGGGAAAAAAGCAUAAAUCCACCGCACCGCCUCAUAUCUACCACAUACCGAGGGGAUCAUUCACCGGUCAAGAAAUCCAGCGAUGGAGUCCCCCCACGCAGACCUUGGCUGCUAAUGGUUAACAGAUUAAUAAGGGAGCUGUUUUGGAAGAGCAGCGGCAGAAGUUGAGAAGAGAGGAGGGAAGAAAGGAAGGAAGGAAAGAAGGGAGGGAGGAGGAGGAGAAGAGACAGGAGAGACAGAGGGAAAACGGAGCAAAGAAGAAGAAGAGGAGGGAGAAGAAAAGAUCUCCGGUUACUGGUGGAUAACGCCGCUCCAACAGCAGCUCGCCCUGAUUAACCCUGGGACAAAUACACGGAAUGAACGGAAGGAGGGAAGGAGAGGCAGAAUGUGGUACCCUCCGCUCUGACUGACUGAGGGCUGUGUCGGGUAGUCGGGGACAACCGGUGGUCGUUAAACCCCCGGUGUGUGUGCGCGCGUGCGUGUGUAUGAGGGUGGUGGUGAACACCGGUUUUUGAUGCGCGAGAAAGUGACGUGCCGCCCUCCCACCUUCCCGCCCUUUGCCACGAGCCUCUUGUCAACUCAACGGACAAAGCAGCCAAGUAUUUCAUUUUUCGCUCCAUACUCACAAAAUCUCCAGCUUUUACCUAGGCUAUUUUUAUUAUUAUCAUUAACCUAUUGUUUGAGUGCCUGUCUGUUGAACCCCUCACUCUGACUCCAAGUCUCGCGGGAUAUAAAGGAAAUAAAAGGCUGAAUCUAAAAGAGAGGAGGAAAAAAGAUUAAGACAAACAGGAGCCGCCUAUAUGAAGAUGCUGAUGUGUGACCGCGGCGUCCAGAUGCUCGUGACGACGGUGGGCGCGUUCGCCGCCUUCAGCCUCAUGACCAUCGCCGUCGGUACCGACUACUGGCUGUACUCGCGCGGGGUCUGCCGCGUGAAGAGCAGCGGCGACAACGACACGAGCCGCAAGAACGAGGAGGUGAUGACGCACUCCGGCCUCUGGCGAACCUGCUGUCUGGAAGGGACAUACAGAGGAGUGUGUAAGAAGAUUGAUCACUUUCCAGAGGAUGCUGAUUAUGAAGCGGAUGCUGCUGAAUACCUCCUCCGUGCUGUGCGUGCCUCCAGUAUCUUCCCCAUCAUGAGUGUGGGCCUGCUGUUCCUGGGGGGGCUCUGUGUGGCCGCCAGUGAGUUUUACCGGAGCCGACACAACGUCAUCCUCAGUGCAGGAAUCUUCUUCGUCUCCGCAGGCCUCAGUAACAUCAUUGGAAUUAUUGUCUACAUCUCAGCUAACUCGGGCGACCCGGGCCAGAGCGACAGCAAGAAGUCCUACUCCUAUGGCUGGUCCUUCUACUUUGGCGCCCUCUCCUUCAUCAUGGCAGAAAUGGUAGGCGUGCUGGCCGUGCACAUGUUCAUUGAAAAGCACCGCAAGCUACGAGCAAAGUCCCGCACCGAGCUCAUCAAGAAAUCCGCCUUCAGCCGCAUCCCCUCCUAUCGCUACCGCUUCCGGCGCCGCUCCAGCGUGCGUUCGUCCGAGGCCCCCAGCCGUGACGCCUCACCCCUGGGGAAAGGUGGCUACACGGGGCCUGCCGCCUCCGAGAUGCCUAUGUACACGCUGAACCCACGCGAGGCGGGCAACGCCGGCAGCAAAGCAGGUGGCGGCAUGGGCGGGCUGCUCAACUCAGAGAGGGAGUUCCUCCAGAGCAGCACGCUCACUAAAGACUACAGCAAGGACCCCAACCGCAGGACCACACCUGUCUGAGAGGUGCUGGCUGCAGAUAUCGCCCAAUCAGAGUAUCAAAGAGGAUGAUGAUGAGAAAAACAGGGGGAGUGCCGGCAAAAGCAGGGGCCACACAGGGUUACGGGGUGGGAAAGGGGUUUGAUAAACUUCGACUGUGAACUGUGAACUUUUAGCCUUUGAACUGUGAAUCCUGAGCCCUGUGAGAGAUUCAGUGUGUGUAGCAGGGUCGGUUCUGAUGGAGAAGUUGAUCCCAACUCCACUUUACCACAUAUCACUGUAGUUGUACUUGUAACUCCUUACAUAUGAAGGCACAUUCAAUUUAUGUUCAUGAUUUUUAUGUUCAUAAAUUGACUUUUUCAAGAGGGAAACAGAAUUGAACUUAAGAAAAAGUUUAAGAGCAUAUUGUAAGUGGUUCACUGUCUGGGGCAACUUCUCCUAAAAAUGAAAAUAAUGUGAACUAAAGGAGAAGAGGGAAGAGGUGAGAGUGAUCUCUGACCUUCUGACCUCUGUCCUCCUGACCUUUUGGAUAGCAGCAGAGUUGGAUCAGUGCAGGGUGCUCUGCUAUUUCAAUGCUAUUUAAAAGUGAGGGAGUUAACACCUCAGGAUAGGGAUUGAUUCAUUUUCAGUUCAGCUGAAAUUCAAAAUAUGAAUUGAAGAUGUAGUUUGUCCAUGUUACGGCAGCACAUUUGUGGCACUAGUUAUUAUUUUCUAUACAUAUUGUAUAUAUUCUCCUUUCAUAUUGAUUGAUUUUAUUUUUAAUGAUGGAAAAGCUCACUUCAUUACCGACUGAACUGAAACUGAAUUGAGCUCAUUCCUGGUAACAUUUACCCCCCAUCUUCUCCCAGGUCAGUUGUUAAACCUGCAAAGGGAUUCUUUUUUUUAUGAAGGGGAAAGAGUAUACUGACUGCAGAUCAGCUGCUAUUGGGGAAAAGGUGUGACUCAACAACACUAAUGAGUCUCUUUUAGGGUAAUGUUAGAUCAUUGGUGCUUCCUUUUAGUCCUCCUUUUAGCCACAUGUCUUCUCUUGAUUUAUUUUUUCACCUAAAGCUUAAAGAGAUGAUCAAAUAUUUAUCUAUCUGUCUGUCUGUCUGUCUGUCUGUCUGCCUUCACUCAUCACCUUUCAUCUUCCACAUUUUUCUGUGUAGCCCCCCAUAACUCACCUCACUGCCACCCUCUGCACACCUCCUCUCACCCUCUCUUUCCUCUGAGGGACACUCCACUAGAUUUAGGUCCUGUCUUCCGUUGUUGUCGCUCGUAGACUAGUCACGUUUUCUGGAGGUUGUUGGUUAGGGGUACUGUGGAGGAGAGACCGCUGAGCUGUGAAUAUGCUUUAAGGCAGAGCCAAAAAGACAUUAAACAAACAAGAGAUGGACUUUUUGUUUGCCCACUACCUCUUGGUGAAUAUCUAUCAGAUUCAUUUAAUAUAAAGUUGUCUUUACUUGCUAGAACAAUUGUUAAAAUUUCAGCUGCAGAAACAAACGCUGAGAAAAUGCUCACUUCAGUCUAAAGUACACAUCUCUCUUCUCCAAUGGAGGAUUGAAAAACGAAAAUUGUAUGUGUCGCACAAUUUUCAGAUAGAUAGAUGGAGCUGCAUUAUUCAAAGGAUUUGUGCUCCGUUCAUUCAGCCGUCACUCACAGCCUCUCCUCCUUUUUAUCUCCCUUACAUGUGCACACACACUGCACAAAUACACACACACACACACCUAAACACGUCUGUCAAAUGUCUCCCGGCUGUGACAUCCACAGACAGCCAUGGCCCUAUCAUAUUUCAAACACCUGUACAGUUUUUACUGUAACAGACUCUAGAGACACAUCAAUACAUUUCUGUUUAUCUCUCUCUCUCUUGCUCUCUCUCAGACAUAUACACAUUAACAUACUGCACGGAUGAGUUAAAAAGCAACAAACAUCAACUACUGACUAAAAGCAUUUUAACAUACAUUGGGCAGGUGUGAUCUUAGAUUUGGUUUAGAUUCGAUCUGGAUUAAAAACAAAAAGUAGAUCAGAUACAUCAAUAUGAGAUUCACGUGAUUUAUUGUGAAAUGUUUUGGUGCAGACUCUAGUGCCCAUGUGAUCCGAAGUCCUGCGAGAAUAGCAGUGCAGAAAAUAAGAGCCGGUCUUUGACUGGGAAGCACAACAGAAAGCUUGGAUCCAUUUGAUGAAUAAGACAAAAUGAGAGAUAAGAUGAGAGGAGAGACGCAAAUGAGCCAGCCUCAAUCUCAUUUCAAACGUCAAUAAAACUCCAAUUUUUCUGUUAGCUGAUGUCAUUGAGGUGAUGUAUUGGAUGUCUUGGGCCACAGUGGCUUUCAGAUUAUUGUGUCUCUAAAAAUAUACAAAUCUGAAUGAACAGAUAUGUUAAAUACUGCGUUGUUUUUGACAUGAAACUGAUCAGUUCCCCAUCGACCCUGACUGAAAAUUGUUUCAGUAAUUUAACUGCACAUUAUCAGGCUUGUUAUGGUAAUACUACAUACUGUAUAUGUAGCUAUUGUUUACACACAGCCACUUCUCCACUGGUAAUCUAUCGCUACCUCUGACCAAUUGUUGGCAAAUGAUAAGUAAGUAAAUCUCCAAGCUUGAUGCGACAUAGACAAAGACCCAAAACACACAUCACAUCACAUUACACCUGAUCAUACACACAUCAACAUGUAGAUGCACACACAAGGGGAGGGGCUAUGUGGUGAGAAGGAGGUAAAAUAGCCACACAACAGAGAGAAAGAAGAAACUGAGGGGAAGAAAACAUGUAGCAGGGUUAUGGAGAGAGAACACAAGUAGCUAGUAAAUGUUCACAGCAUUUUUCUCAAAAUUUUUUCUGGAACUGUGAUUAACAAAUGAGUGUGAAACUCAAAGAGGAAAAGAAAAAUGCAUUUUUGUUUGCUUCGUUACCUCCCUAAGCCACCAUUGCACUGUUUUGUAUAAACUAAAUAUGAAACAACACCAAGCUAAAACCAUUACACCACAACUUUGACAGUUAUUACCCUGAUAAUAAAAGAUGUUUUAAACCUCA